AUGACAGAUACAGUGAAAGAGCUCGUUUCAAAGUGCCUGCAGGCUCGGGACAUGGCAUACUGUCCAUACAGCCAAUUCCCUGUUGGUGCCGCCAUAUUAACAGCAGAUGGCGCCAUAAUUACAGGCUGUAAUGUAGAGAACGCCUCCUACGGUCUGACAGUGUGUGCUGAGCGGACGGCCAUCCAGAGGGCCGUGGUGGAAGGACACCGAAAGUUUGCUGCCAUUGCUGUGACCUGUGAUAUCAAAGAUCGCUUUGUUGGGCCAUGUGGAGCAUGUCGGCAGGUUCUUAUGGAGUUUGGAUCAGACUGGACUGUAUACUUGACCAAGCCAGAUGGAUCCUACAAGGAAACCAGCCUCAGUGAACUGUUGCCUCUCGCCUUUUCUCCAGCCCACCUCACAAAGAACUGA